AUGGCGGCGGUCUCCGUGCUGCAGGCGCCGAGCGGCGGCUUCAGCUUCGACAACUGUGCUCGGAACUCUCUCCUGGAGGCCGAGCUCGUCCAGAAGGGCCUGCGGCUGCCCGCCCCCCGCAAGACCGGCACUACCAUCGCCGGCAUCGUCUACAAGGAUGGUGUUGUCCUCGGAGCAGAUUCGAGAGCAACAGAGGGAAUGGUUGUUGCUGACAAGAACUGUUCAAAAAUACACUUCAUUUCCCCUAAUAUCUAUUGUUGUGGCGCGGGAACAGCUGCAGAUACUGAAAUGACAACUCAGCUGAUUUCUUCCAAUCUGGAGCUCCAUUCACUGUCUACUGGACGACUUCCAAGAGUCGUCACAGCUAAUCGAAUGCUAAAGCAAAUGCUUUUCAGGUAUCAAGGCUACAUUGGUGCCGCCCUGGUUUUGGGGGGAGUGGAUGUCACAGGACCUCACCUUUACUGCAUUUAUCCCCAUGGAUCGACUGACAAACUGCCCUACGUUACCAUGGGUUCUGGAUCAUUAGCAGCUAUGGCAGUAUUCGAAGAUAAAUACAAACAGGACAUGGAGGAAGAGGAAGCCAAACAGCUUGUGAGGGAUGCCAUCGCAGCCGGCAUAUACAAUGACCUGGGCUCCGGCAGCAACAUCGAUAUCUGUGUCAUCAGCAAGAACAAGCUGGAUUUCAUCCGUCCGUACGAUGUGGCCAACAGAAAGGGGGAGAGGUUUGGGAGGUACAAGUGCGAAAAAGGAACCACAGCUGUUCUCACAGAGCACGUAGCUCUGCUGGACAUCGAGGUGGUGGAUGAGACCGUACAGACCAUGGACACCUCCUGAAGGCUGCUGCCCUUCUGUGGCGCUGGAGCCUCCAGCGUCGGGAGACACACGCGGCCGAUCCAGAAUAAAGAGGGUUCUGACCAUUCUCUUAA